AUGUCAGAUCUCAUCAACGUAGAGGAGGUUGCACUAGUAGCACUGGAUUCAGUAAAUGACCCCGACAACCUUAGUGAUAAAGUUUUGCAUCACCUGGAAGGACUAUUUGGGACACUAAAUGACAAAGCGCCUGAAGCCACUUUCGCUAACAAGAAUGUGAUACUGCUUCCUGGAAUAUCAUCGGCUCCAGUUUUCACAAGUCACAAUCCAAACCACAAUCACAGAGUUUGCAGUACCUGGGGCAAUUACCACUUCAAAACUUUUGAUGGAGAUGUUUAUUAUUUCCCUGGAACCUGCAAUUAUGUCUUCGCCUCACAGUGUUUGAAUUCUUAUGAGGAUUUCAACAUCCAACUGAGGCGUAACAGUGUUGAAGGACAUCCAAGGAUCACUCAAAUUGUCAUGAAAGUUGAUGGAUUGGUUGUAGAAAUAAUUAAUUCAAUUAUUUCGGUCAGUGAUAAAGUGGUGACACCACCUUUUGCCUAUUCUGGGAUUAUGAUUGAGAAUGUCAGUAAUUACACCCGAAUUACAGCAAAGAUUGGCUUGGUUGUCACUUGGAAUGGAGAUGAUGCCCUAGAGCUUGAACUGAGUCAGCAGUUUGUCAAUACAACUUGCGGAUUAUGUGGUGACUUUAAUGGCAUACGUGAUAAUGAAUUUUUUUCAAAUGGCUAUCACCUGACUCCUAUCCAGUAUGGAAAUUUGCAAAAACUGAACGGCCCCACAGAACAAUGCAAGGAUGUGCCAUCUGACAGUGCAAAAAAUUGUUCAGAAUUUAAAUCUGUAUGUGAAAGUAUACUCUCAAGGCCAGAGUUUUCUAGCUGCUACAACAUACUGGAUGUAUCAUCCUUCAUCAAGAGCUGCACACUGGACUUAUGCCUAUGCACAGAUUUGAAUAAAUCAUCAUCCUGCCUCUGUGAAACCCUGUCAGAGUUUUCUAGACAGUGUGCCCAUGUUGGAGGGAAACCGGCCAACUGGAGAGGGAAAGAUUUAUGUGAGGAAACAUGCCAGCUAAAUAUGAUCUAUGAAGAAUGCGGGACUUCAUGUGCAGAUACUUGCUCAAAUCCUGACAGGAGUCAUAUCUGUGAUGACCACUGCAUUGAUGGCUGCUUCUGCCCUCCCGGUACUGUUUUGGAUGAUAUCUCCAACGGUGGAUGCAUUGCAAGGGAGCAGUGUCCUUGUACCUACAAUGGAUUGUCCUAUGCAACUGGAAAGUCUUAUUCCACUAAGUGCAGUAAAUGUAUUUGCAAUGGAGGGCAAUGGUCCUGUACUGAUCUAUCCUGCCCUGGCAUCUGUUCCGUUGAAGGAGGUUCUCACAUUAACACAUUUGAUGAAAACCAUUACAUAUUCCAUGGAAGGUGCUAUUAUGUUCUUGCUAAGGACUGCAAAAAUACAAUGUUCACUGUUUUGGGAGAACUGCAGCCAUGUGGUAUAACAGAAUCUGAGACUUGUCUAAAGUCAGUGGUACUGACUGCUCAUGGAUCUCAAACAAUUAUCUCCACUAACCCCAGUGGCAGUGUUUUUGUCAAUGGAAUCUUAACUCUGUUGCCUGCAACCACUGCCAAUAUCACAAUAUUCAAACCUUCAAAUUUCUACAUUAUUCUUCACACUCCCUUCGGUCUGCAGCUUCGGAUUCAGCUGGUGCCCCUGAUGCAAGUCUAUAUAAGUCUGGAUCCUUUCUUCAAAGGCCGGAUGUGUGGUCUUUGUGGAAACUUCAACAACAUACUUAAUGAUGAAUUUAAAGUAGCUAGUGGUCUUGUGGAAGGAACAGCUGCAGCCUUUGCAAACACAUGGAAGACCAAAGCCAGCUGCCCUAACAAAAAAGAUAUUCAUGAAAAUCCAUGUUCCCUCAGUGUUGAAAAUGAAAAAUAUGCCAAACAUUGGUGUGGGCUGCUGUUGGCUGAUGACUCCCCAUUUGCCCUGUGCCAUUCAGAGAUUGACCCCAACAUCUACUAUCAGCAUUGUAAAUAUGACAGCUGUAAUUGUGAGAAGAGUGAGGACUGUAUGUGUGCUGCCCUCUCCUCGUACGUUCAGGCUUGUGCAGCCAAGGGUGUAGUCAUCUCCAACUGGAGAGCUAAUGUGUGCUCAAAAUACAUCAGUUGUCCAAAAACACUCGUCUACAGCUACAACAUGACCAACUGCCACCGUACCUGUCAGUCGCUGGCCACACCAGACAGAACAUGUGAGAUUGACUUUGAGCUGGUUGAUGGGUGUGGUUGCGCCGAGGGAACUUACAUGGACGAUAAUGGGAAAUGUGUGGAUCCCUCCAGCUGCCCAUGCUACUACAGGGGGUCAUUCAUCCCAGCAGGGGAGGUUGUUCAUGAGGACGACACCAUAUGCACCUGCAAUAUGGGGAAACUUGAAUGUAUUGGAAAAGAUUUAACUUCCCAAGAAUGUGUGGCUCCCAUGAUUUACUUUGACUGCAAUAAUGCUUCAGCUGGCAGCACUGGCACAGAAUGUCAGAAGAGUUGUCAAAUCCUGGACAUGGAGUGUUAUACCAUGGAUUGUGUCUCUGGGUGUGUCUGUCCUCAAGGAUUGAUCUCUGAUGGAAAUGGUGGCUGUAUUCCCAUAAGUGAGUGUCCCUGUACACACAAUGGCCACAGUUACAAGUCUGGUGAAAUCAUAGAAGUGGACUGCAACUCAUGCCAAUGUAGCAACAGAUCAUGGAGCUGCACAGAUCAAGAUUGCCAUGGAAUGUGCAUGAUCUAUGGAGAUGGGAAUUACAUCACUUUUGAUGGGCAACGCUACACUUUUAAUGGAGAUUGUGAAUAUGUAGUUGCACAGGAUUAUUGUGGAAACAAUCCUAACAAUGGAACUUUCAGGAUAAUCACAGAAAACAUCCCUUGUGGUACCACUGGGACAACAUGCUCUAAAUCAAUCAAAAUCUUCUUGGGUAAUACUGAAAUAAAACUAUCGGAUGGAAAUUAUGAGAUUACGAAGCUUACUUAUGGUAUAAAUGUGCCUUAUGAAGUACGUCACCUUGGCAUUUAUCUUGUAUUGGAGGCCAAAAAUGGACUGAUAUUGCUCUGGGAUAAGAAAACAAGCCUGAUUAUUAAAAUGAGUCACUCAUUCAAGCAUACCAUCUGUGGAUUGUGUGGCAAUUAUGAUGGGAAUGUUCAAAAUGAUUUCACCACAAGAAGCCAAUUAGUCGUUGCAAAUGUGGAUGAGUUUGGAAACAGUUGGAAGGUGUCUCCUGCAUGUGCAAAUGUAAAAGACAAUGAAGAUCCCUGCUCAGUCAAUAUUCAUCGAGAUGCAUGGGCUCAGAAACAGUGUAGCAUCCUCAAGAAUGAGCCAUUCCUGCUUUGUAAUUCUCAGGUCGACCCAGCCCCAUAUUAUGAGGCAUGUGUCCGUGACGCCUGUGCCUGUGACACUGGUGGAGAUUGUGAAUGUCUGUGUACAGCUAUCGCUGCUUACUCUUUGGCUUGCAGGAUGGUUGGAGUUUGUAUUUCCUGGAGGACCCCUGAACUUUGUCCUCUCUUUUGCGAUUAUUAUAAUCCCAGUGAUGAGUGUGAAUGGCACUAUGCACCAUGUGGAAUUCCAUGCCUAAAAACGUGCCAGAAUCCCAGUGGAUCAUGCUCCAAAAUUAUCCCCAAGCUUGAAGGUUGCUACCCAGAUUGCCCUGAGGAUAAGCCAUUCUUAGAUGAAGAUAAAAUGGAAUGCGUUCCAUUGAACCAGUGUCCCUGCCAUUUUAAUGGAAAAAAUUAUGAGCCAGGUGAAUCUGUCCCAUCAACACAGAACUGUGAUUCCUGCAAAUGUAAGAAUGGUGAAGUAGACUGCACCUAUGCCAGAUCAGAAUGUACCUGUACCUAUGAUGGCAAAACCUUCCACGAAGGAGAAAUCAUCUAUCAUACUACGGAUGGAAUUGGUGGAUGCAUCAAAGCAACAUGCAGUGUGAAUGGAACUAUAAUCCGACAAGUGUAUCCGUGCCCACCAAAGACCAGUACAGUUCCCAGUACAACACUGAGCUUUGAGACGACACCAACCACAUCAUCUGGAACCACAAUCAAAGUUACAUCAGCACACAAUGAAGCAACUGCAACAGUUUCUACCACAACAGCUCCAGUCACUACACACAUUAGCACAACUACAACCACCACUGAGACUGCACCAACUCAAGCUCAGCUAAUGUCAACUAUGACCUCACCAACAACAGUCACCACCACAACAGCUCCAGUUCCUACACAUAGUCGCUCAACUACAACCACCACAACAGCUCCAGUUCCUACACAUACAGCUACAACCACCACUAAGACUACAUCUGAAAAAACCCAGUCAACAUCGACUACCACCUCACCAACAGCAGUCACCACCACAACAGCUCCAGUUCCUACACAUAGCCGCACAACUACAACCACCACUGAGGCUACAUCUGAACAGCCAAAAUCGACUACCACCUCACCAACAACAGUCACCACCACAACAGCUCCAGUUCCUACACAUAGCCACACAACUACAACCACCACUGAGACUACAUCUGAACAGCCAAAAUCGACUACCACCUCACCAACAGCAGUCACCACCACAACAGCUCCAAUUCCUACACAUAGCCGUACAGCUACAACCACCACUGAGACUACAUCUGAACAAACCCAGACAACAUCGACUACCACCUCACCAACAACAGUCACUACCACAACAGCUCCAGUUCCUACACAUAGCCGCACAACUACAACCACCACUGAGACUACAUCUGAACAAACCCAGACAUCGACUACCACCUCACCAACAACAGUCACUACCACAACAGCUCCAGUUCCUACACAUAGCCGCACAACUACAACCGCGACUGAGACUACAUCUGAACAAACCCAGACAACAUCGACUACCACCUCACCAACAGCAGUCACCACCACAACAGCUCCAGUUCCUACACAUAGCCAUACAGCUACAACCACCACUGAGACUACAUCUGAACAAACCCAGACAACAUCGACUACCACCUCACCAACAGCAGUCACCACCACAACAGCUCCAGUUCCUACACAUAGCCGCACAACUACAACCGCGACUGAGACUACAUCUGAACAAACCCAGACAACAUCGACUACCACCUCACCAACAGCAGUCACCACCACAACAGCUCCAGUUCCUACACAUAGCCAUACAGCUACAACCACCACUGAGACUACAUCUGAACAAACCCAGACAACAUCGACUACCACCUCACCAACAGCAGUCACCACCACAACAGCUCCAGUUCCUACACAUAGCCGCACAACUACAACCACCACUGAGGCUACAUCUGAACAGCCAAAAUCGACUACCACCUCACCAACAACAGUCACCACCACAACAGCUCUAGUUCCCACACAUAGCCGCACAACUACAACCACCACUGAGACUACAUCUGAACAAACCCAGACAACAUCGACUACCACCUCACCAACAACAGUCACUACCACAACAGCUCCAGUUCCUACACAUAGCCGCACAACUACAACCGCGACUGAGACUACAUCUGAACAAACCCAGACAACAUCGACUACCACCUCACCAACAACAGUCACUACCACAACAGCUCCAGUUCCUACACAUAGCCGCACAACUACAACCGCGACUGAGACUACAUCUGAACAAACCCAGACAACAUCGACUACCACCUCACCAACAGCAGUCACCACCACAACAGCUCCAGUUCCUACACAUAGCCAUACAGCUACAACCACCACUGAGACUACAUCUGAACAAACCCAGACAACAUCGACUACCACCUCACCAACAACAGUCACCACCACAACAGCUCCAGUUCCUACACAUAGCCGCACAACUACAACCACCACUGAGACUACAACUGAACAAACCCAGACAACAUCGACUACCACCUCACCAACAACAGUCACCACCACAACAGCUCCAGUUCCUACACAUAGCCGCACAACUACAACCACCACUGAGGCUACAUCUGAGCAGCCAAAAUCGACUACCACUUCACCAACAACAGUCACCACCACAACAGCUCCAGUUCCUACACAUAGCCGUACAGCUACAACCACCACUGAGACUACAUCUGAACAAACCCAGACAACAUCGACUACCACCUCACCAACAACAGUCACCACCACAACAGCUCCAAUUCCUACACAUAGCCGUACAGCUACAACCACCACUGAGGCUACAUCUGAACAGCCAAAAUCGACUACCACCUCACCAACAACAGUCACCACCACAACAGCUCCAGUUCCUACACAUAGCCAUACAGCUACAACCACCACUGAGACUACAUCUGAACAAACCCAGACAACAUCGACUACCACCUCACCAACAACAGUCACCACCACAACAGCUCCAGUUCCUACACAUAGCCGUACAGCUACAACCACCACUGAGGCUACAUCUGAACAGCCAAAAUCGACUACCACCUCACCAACAACAGUCACCACCACAACAGCUCCAGUUCCUACACAUAGCCGUACAGCUACAACCACCACUGAGACUACAUCUGAACAAACCCAGACAACAUCGACUACCACCUCACCAACAGUCACCACCACAACAGCUCCAGUUCCUACACAUAGCCAUACAGCUACAACCACCACUGAGACUGCAUCUGAAAAAACCCAGACAACAUCGACUACCACCUCACCAACAAUAGUCACAACAGCUCCAGUUCCUACACAUAGCCGCACAACUACAACCACCACUGAGACUACGUCUGAACAGCCAAAAUCAACUCCCAUCUCACAGACAACAGUUUCCACCACAACAACAGCUCCAGUUCCUGCACAUAGCAGUACAACUACAACUACCACUGAGACUACAUCUGAACAAACCCAGACAACAUCGACUACCACCUCACCAACAACAGUAUGUUCAUGCAGUGUACAAGGAUUAAAACUGAAACCUGGUCAGGCGAUUGUGACAUCUGCAGAGAAUUCAGGCCUCUGCAAAUUCACUCUCUGUACUAUGGAUUGCAAAAUUUUGAAGUAUACCGGAAGAUGUGAAAGUACGACUACCACUCCAGAACCCACAACAUCUACAGUAGUAACUGUAACUCCAAAAACUCCAGUAACAACAACCUGUGGCUGCCAAGUGGAUGGACGAAAAAUGGCCGCUGGUCAGGCGAUUGUGACGUCUACAGGGAAAUCAGGCCUCUGCAACUUCACGCUCUGCACUACAGGUUGUGAAGUUAUGAAGUUUACCGGAAGAUGUGAAAGUACAACGGCCGCUCCAGAACCCACAACUUCUACAGUAGUAACUGUAACUCCAAUAACACCAGAAACAACAACCUGUAGCUGUCUCACAGAUGGAGGAAAAAUGGCACCUGGUCAGGCGAUUGUGACGUCUACAGGGAAAUCAGGCCUCUGCAACUUCACGCUCUGCACUACAGAUUGUGAAGUUAUGAAGUAUACCGGAAGAUGUGAAAGUACAACCACCGCUCCUGAACCCACUUCUUCUACAGUAGUAACUGUAACUCCAAUAACACCAGCAACACCAGCAACCUGUAGCUGUCUCACAGAUGGAGGAAAAAUGGCACCUGGUCAGGCGAUUGUGACGUCUACAGGGAAAUCAGGCCUCUGCAACUUCACGCUCUGCACUACAGGUUGUGAAGUUAUGAAGUUUACCGGAAGAUGUGAAAGUACAACGGCCGCUCCAGAACCCACAACUUCUACAGUAGUAACUGUAACUCCAAUAACACCAGCAACACCAGAAACCUGUAGCUGUCUCACAGAUGGAGGAAAAAUGGCACCUGGUCAGGCGAUUGUGACGUCUACAGGGAAAUCAGGCCUCUGCAACUUCACGCUCUGCACUACAGAUUGUGAAGUUAUGAAGUAUACCGGAAGAUGUGAAAGUACAACCACCGCUCCUGAACACACUUCUUCUACAGUAGUAACUGUAACUCCAAUAACACCAGCAACACCAGCAACCUGUAGCUGUCUCACAGAUGGAGGAAAAAUGGCACCUGGUCAGGCGAUUGUGACGUCUACAGGGAAAUCAGGCCUCUGCAACUUCACGCUCUGCACUACAGAUUGUGAAGUUAUGAAGUAUACCGGAAGAUGUGAAAGUACAACCACCGCUCCUGAACACACUUCUUCUACAGUAGUAACUGUAACUCCAGCAACACCAGCAACCUGCAGCUGUCUCACAGAUGGAGGAAAAAUGGCACCUGGUCAGGCGAUUGUGACGUCCACAGGGAAAUCAGGCCUCUGCAACUUCACGCUCUGCACUACAGGUUGUGAAGUUAUGAAGUAUACCGGAAGAUGUGAAAGUACAACCACCGCUCCUGAACACACUUCUUCUACAGUAGUAACUGUAACUCCAAUAACACCAGCAACACCAGCAACCUGUAGCUGUCUCACAGAUGGAGGAAAAAUGGCACCUGGUCAGGCGAUUGUGACGUCUACAGGGAAAUCAGGCCUCUGCAACUUCACGCUCUGCACUACAGAUUGUGAAGUUAUGAAGUUUACCGGAAGAUGUGAAAGUACAACGGCCGCUCCAGAACCCACAACUUCUACAGUAGUAACUGUAACUCCAAUAACACCAGCAACACCUGAAACCUGUAGCUGUCUCACAGAUGGAGGAAAAAUGGCACCUGGUCAGGCGAUUGUGACGUCUACAGGGAAAUCAGGCCUCUGCAACUUCACGCUCUGCACUACAGGUUGUGAAGUUAUGAAGUUUACCGGAAGAUGUGAAAGUACAACGGCCGCUCCAGAACCCACAACUUCUACAGUAGUAACUGUAACUCCAAUAACACCAGCAACACCUGAAACCUGUAGCUGUCUCACAGAUGGAGGAAAAAUGGCACCUGGUCAGGCGAUUGUGACGUCUACAGGGAAAUCAGGCCUCUGCAACUUCACGCUCUGCACUACAGAUUGUGAAGUUAUAAAGUAUACCGGAAGAUGUGAAAGUACAACCACCGCUCCUGAACACACUUCUUCUACAGUAGUAACUGUAACUCCAAUAACACCAGCAACACCAGCAACCUGUAGCUGUCUCACAGAUGGAGGAAAAAUGGCACCUGGUCAGGCGAUUGUGACGUCUACAGGGAAAUCAGGCCUCUGCAACUUCACGCUCUGCACUACAGGUUGUGAAGUUAUGAAGUUUACCGGAAGAUGUGAAAGUACAACGGCCGCUCCAGAACCCACAACUUCUACAGUAGUAACUGUAACUCCAAUAACACCAGCAACACCAGAAACCUGUAGCUGUCUCACAGAUGGAGGAAAAAUGGCACCUGGUCAGGCGAUUGUGACGUCUACAGGGAAAUCAGGCCUCUGCAACUUCACGCUCUGCACUACAGAUUGUGAAGUUAUGAAGUAUACCGGAAGAUGUGAAAGUACAACCGCCGCUCCUGAACACACUUCUUCUACAGUAGUAACUGUAACUCCAAUAACACCAGCAACACCAGCAACCUGUAGCUGUCUCACAGAUGGAGGAAAAAUGGCACCUGGUCAGGCGAUUGUGACGUCUACAGGGAAAUCAGGCCUCUGCAACUUCACGCUCUGCACUACAGAUUGUGAAGUUAUGAAGUAUACCGGAAGAUGUGAAAGUACAACCACCGCUCCUGAACACACUUCUUCUACAGUAGUAACUGUAACUCCAGCAACACCAGCAACCUGCAGCUGUCUCACAGAUGGAGGAAAAAUGGCACCUGGUCAGGCGAUUGUGACGUCUACAGGGAAAUCAGGCCUCUGCAACUUCACGCUCUGCACGACAGAUUGUGAAGUUAUGAAGUAUACCGGAAGAUGUGAAAGUACAACCACCGCUCCUGAACACACUUCUUCUACAGUAGUAACUGUAACUCCAAUAACACCAGCAACACCAGCAACCUGUAGCUGUCUCACAGAUGGAGGAAAAAUGGCACCUGGUCAGGCGAUUGUGACGUCUACAGGGAAAUCAGGCCUCUGCAACUUCACGCUCUGCACUACAGAUUGUGAAGUUAUGAAGUAUACCGGAAGAUGUGAAAGUACAACCACCGCUCCUGAACACACUUCUUCCACAGUAGUAACUGUAACUCCAAUAACACCAGCAACACCAGCAACCUGUAGCUGUCUCACAGAUGGAGGAAAAAUGGCACCUGGUCAGGCGAUUGUGACGUCUACAGGGAAAUCAGGCCUCUGCAACUUCACGCUCUGCACUACAGAUUGUGAAGUUAUGAAGUAUACCGGAAGAUGUGAAAGUACAACCACCGCUCCUGAACACACUUCUUCUACAGUAGUAACUGUAACUCCAAUAACGCCAGCAACACCAGCAACCUGUAGCUGUCUCACAGAUGGAGGAAAAAUGGCACCUGGUCAGGCGAUUGUGACGUCUACAGGGAAAUCAGGCCUCUGCAACUUCACGCUCUGCACUACAGAUUGUGAAGUUAUGAAGUAUACCGGAAGAUGUGAAAGUACAACCACCGCUCCUGAACACACUUCUUCUACAGUAGUAACUGUAACUCCAAUAACACCAGCAACACCAGCAACCUGUAGCUGUCUCACAGAUGGAGGAAAAAUGGCACCUGGUCAGGCGAUUGUGACGUCUACAGGGAAAUCAGGCCUCUGCAACUUCACGCUCUGCACUACAGGUUGUGAAGUUAUGAAGUUUACCGGAAGAUGUGAAAGUACAACGGCCGCUCCAGAACCCACAACUUCUACAGUAGUAACUGUAACUCCAAUAACACCAGCAACACCUGAAACCUGUAGCUGUCUCACAGAUGGAGGAAAAAUGGCACCUGGUCAGGCGAUUGUGACGUCUACAGGGAAAUCAGGCCUCUGCAACUUCACGCUCUGCACUACAGAUUGUGAAGUUAUAAAGUAUACCGGAAGAUGUGAAAGUACAACCACCGCUCCUGAACACACUUCUUCUACAGUAGUAACUGUAACUCCAAUAACACCAGCAACACCAGCAACCUGUAGCUGUCUCACAGAUGGAGGAAAAAUGGCACCUGGUCAGGCGAUUGUGACGUCUACAGGGAAAUCAGGCCUCUGCAACUUCACGCUCUGCACUACAGAUUGUGAAGUUAUAAAGUAUACCGGAAGAUGUGAAAGUACAACCACCGCUCCUGAACACACUUCUUCUACAGUAGUAACUGUAACUCCAGCAACACCAGCAACCUGCAGCUGUCUCACAGAUGGAGGAAAAAUGGCACCUGGUCAGGCGAUUGUGACGUCUACAGGGAAAUCAGGCCUCUGCAACUUCACGCUCUGCACUACAGGUUGUGAAGUUAUGAAGUUUACCGGAAGAUGUGAAAGUACAACGGCCGCUCCAGAACCCACAACUUCUACAGUAGUAACUGUAACUCCAAUAACACCAGCAACACCAGAAACCUGUAGCUGUCUCACAGAUGGAGGAAAAAUGGCACCUGGUCAGGCGAUUGUGACGUCUACAGGGAAAUCAGGCCUCUGCAACUUCACGCUCUGCACUACAGAUUGUGAAGUUAUAAAGUAUACCGGAAGAUGUGAAAGUACAACCACCGCUCCUGAACACACUUCUUCUACAGUAGUAACUGUAACUCCAGCAACACCAGCAACCUGUAGCUGUCUCACAGAUGGAGGAAAGAUGGCACCUGGUCAGGCGAUUGUGACGUCUACAGGGAAAUCAGGCCUCUGCAACUUCACGCUCUGCACGACAGAUUGUGAAGUUAUAAAGUAUACCGGAAGAUGUGAAAGUACAACCACCGCUCCUGAACACACUUCUUCUACAGUAGUAACUGUAACUCCAAUAACACCAGCAACACCAGCAACCUGUAGCUGUCUCACAGAUGGAGGAAAGAUGGCACCUGGUCAGGCGAUUGUGACGUCUACAGGGAAAUCAGGCCUCUGCAACUUCACGCUCUGCACUACAGGUUGUGAAGUUAUGAAGUUUACCGGAAGAUGUGAAAGUACAACGGCCGCUCCAGAACCCACAACUUCUACAGUAGUAACUGUAACUCCAAUAACACCAGCAACACCAGAAACCUGUAGCUGUCUCACAGAUGGAGGAAAAAUGGCACCUGGUCAGGCGAUUGUGACGUCUACAGGGAAAUCAGGCCUCUGCAACUUCACGCUCUGCACUACAGAUUGUGAAGUUAUAAAGUAUACCGGAAGAUGUGAAAGUACAACCACCGCUCCUGAACACACUUCUUCUACAGUAGUAACUGUAACUCCAAUAACACCAGCAACACCAGCAACCUGUAGCUGUCUCACAGAUGGAGGAAAAAUGGCACCUGGUCAGGCGAUUGUGACGUCUACAGGGAAGUCAGGCCUCUGCAACUUCACGCUCUGCACUACAGAUUGUGAAGUUAUGAAGUAUACCGGAAGAUGUGAAAGUACAACCACCGCUCCUGAACACACUUCUUCUACAGUAGUAACUGUAACUCCAAUAACACCAGCAACACCAGCAACCUGUAGCUGUCUCACAGAUGGAGGAAAAAUGGCACCUGGUCAGGCAAUUGUGACUUCUGCAGGGAAAUCAGGCCUCUGCAAAUUGACUGUCUGUACUGUGGAUUGCAAAAUUUUGAAGUAUACCGGAAGAUGUGAAAGUACGACUACCACUCCAGAACCCACAACAUCUACAGUAGUAACUGUGACUCCAGAAACAACAGCACCAACAACCUGUAGCUGUAACGUAGAUGGAUUUAAAAUGGCACCUGGUCAGGCGAUUGUGACGUCUACAGGGAAGUCAGGCCUCUGCAACUUCACGCUCUGCACUACAGAUUGUGAAGUUAUGAAGUAUACCGGAAGAUGUGAAAGUACAACCACCGCUCCUGAACCCACUUCUUCUACAGUAGUAACUGUAACUCCAAUAACACCAGGAGCACCAGCAACCUGUAGCUGUCUCACAGAUGGAGGAAAAAUGGCACCUGGUCAGGCGAUUGUGACCUCUGCUGGGAAAUCAGAACUCUGCAACUUCACUCUCUGUACUGUGGAUUGCAAAAUUUUGAAGUAUACCGGAAGAUGUGAAAGUACGACUACCACUCCAGAGCGCACAACAUCUACAGUCGUAACUGUGACUCCAGAAACAACAGGACCAACAACCUGUAGCUGUAAUGCUGAUGGAUUUAAAAUGGCACCUGGUCAGGCGAUUGUGACGUCUGCAGGGAAAUCAGGCCUCUGCAACUUCACACUCUGCACUACGGAUUGCGAAAUUAUGAAGUAUACCGGAAGAUGUGAAAGUACGACCACCAGCCCAGAACCCACAACUUCUACAGUAGUAACUGUAACUCCAAUAACACCAGGAACAACAACCUGUAGCUGUCACGCAGCUGGACAAAAAAUGGCACCUGGGCAGGUCAUCGUGACUUCUGAUGAUAAAUCAGGCCAAUGCACUUAUGUGCAAUGCACUCCAGGUUGUAAGAUUGUGACAUCUUCGAGACAGUGUGACACUACCUCUCCAUUCACUGCAUCCAGUACAGCCAAAUCCACAACAGUCGAAUCUACAACUCUCAGUCCACCAGCUACAUCAAACUGCACCUGCAUAGUCAAUGAGAAAUUAAUAUUACCAGGAAAGAAAAUCUACUAUACCAGUGAUAAAGCAGGCUGGUGUUAUUUUGGGUUCUGUUCCAAGACCUGUGAAAUUGUGAAACACACGAUACCAUGUGUAACCAGCACGUCAUCUCCACCAGCCACAGAGUCACCUGUACCAACAACAACUCCGAGUGGUUGCUCAGCUCUCCACCCACCUAGAGCUAUGAAUGAAACUUGGAAGAUUGACAACUGCACAAUAGGAAUGUGUACAGGGAAUAACACCAUUUCAAUAGUGCCAAUGAAAUGUCCAAAAGUUAAACCAGUCACUUGUCAAAAUGGACUGCAACCCAGUAAAACCUAUGACCAAUCUGGCUGCUGCUAUCAGAAUCAUUGUAACUGUGAGUAUUAA